AUGAAGACUACACACUUCCAGACACACCUCCACACUACCCUUCAGACGUGGCAGAGAUUGCAACGGCUGUUGGGGGAAGGAGAAUUUGAACUUGAUGGCACAAAGCUUGACAUUCCUGCUGUAGUAGCAGUGGCACACCAUAAUUGCAAGCCAAAAAUCACGAAAGACGCUGCUGUUCUAGAAGGGAUUAAUGCGAGUGUCCGAGUUUUGAAAGAACACCUCGACAAAGGCUAUAGUGUAUAUGGAGUCAACACUGGCUUUGGUGGGAGUGCAGACUCUAGAACAGGAAAAGUGGUCGCGCUGCAGUCCGGACUUCUCCAACUGACUCAGGCUGGCGUUCUGCUUUCAUCUGACAAAGGUGGCGAUGAGAACACCAAACUCGAUUCACACGCCAUGCCGGCUUCUUGGGUACGGGGCACCAUGGUAGUCCGCUGCAAUUCAAAUAUUCGUGGGCAUUCGGCUGUGACAUUGCCGGUGCUGGAAUCAAUGAUACAUCUGCUCGGGAACCAGAUUACGCCAAUUGUGCCCCUUAGAGGGUCGAUAUCCGCCUCAGGAGAUUUAAUGCCGCUAUCCUACAUUGCAGGCGUGAUCGAAGGGAACCCGGACGUGUAUGUCCAGGUCCAGCGGGAUGAAAAGCGUGAGAUCAUGAAGUCUAGCGAGGGACUGCAAUCCGUCGGUAUGAAGGCCAUAAAGCUAGGCCCGAAGGAAGGAUUAGGCCUGGUUAAUGGUACUUCAACAUCUGCUGCAGUGGCCAGUUUGGUCAUGUACGAAGCCCAUCAACUGGCCGUGUUGGUCCAAGCUCUCUCUGCUAUGGGUGUCGAAGCGCUCACUGGCACAGCGGAAAGUUUUCAUCCUUUUAUCUCAGCUGUGCGACCUCAUGAUGGACAAGUGGAAUGUGCCAACAACCUUGUUUCGUUUCUCCAAGGAUCCAAGCUCGCCCAAGGCCUGGAAACCCAGAAGGCCCUCGACCGUCCCGGCUUAAUCCAAGAUCGAUAUUCACUGCGUUGCGCUCCACAGUGGAUCGGACCUCAGCUGGAAGACUUACUCCUCGCUCAUCGACAGGUGGCAGUGGAACUGAAUUCGACAUGCGAUAACCCGCUGGUGGAUGUCAAAUCGGAUAGCAUCUUCUCUGGUGGGAAUUUUCAGGCCGUAUCGAUUACCUCAGCUAUGGAGAAGACAAGGCUGUGUCUACAGAUGUUCGGUAGACUCAUCUUCUCCCAGGCAACUGAAAUGAUCGACCCCAGUCUGAAUCACGGCCUUCCCACCAACCUUGUCGCAGAUGACCCAAGCAUUUCGUUUACGAUGAAGGGCGUUGACAUUAGCAUGGCGUCUUACAUGGCAGAGCUUGGUUACUUAGCAAACCCUGUUAGCUCGCAUGUACAAUCUGCAGAGAUGCGCAACCAGGCGGUUAACUCUAUGGCUUUGGUGUCUACUCGAUACAGCAUGCAAGCUGUGGAGAUCCUUUCCCUUAUGUGCGCUUGUGACCUGUAUAUUGCCUGCCAGGCAUUGGACCUGCGGGCUCUUCAUUUGGCUUUCUUAGAAAACGCCAAAACUCAGCUUCACAUCGUCACAUCCGGUCUCUUCUCCCAGUAUCUUUCCGAAUCGGAUCUCGCAAUCUUGGGCAACUCCCUCAGCCAAUACCUGACACAAGCUUGGCCCACAACCAAUCGCCUCAACGCCCCGGAUCGGGUGCAUUCAGUCAUAGAAAAUGCCCUUUCCAUCCUUCUUGAUACCCUGAAAUCCCACCAGGGCCCUAGCUUUGGAGAUUUGGACACCUGGAAGACUCAAGCGCGUGAUGCCUUGAACAUCGUAUACCAGGAAACCGCUGAUGCAUUCUUCCAGAAACAGCACACUGCGGAGCUUCUGGGAGAAGGAUCUAAAAUCCUAUACGAAACGGUCCGACGGGAACUUGGUGUGCCUUUCCAUCAAGGCUUUGUAGAGCAUCCCACUAUCGACAACGACAUGCUGGACGGCCGCUCUAAGAAAACCGUUGGGUCCUGGAUUUCGAUCAUCUACGAGGCCAUUCGUGAAGGCCGACUCCUGGGUCCUUUAAUGAAAUCGUUUACACCAGGUCCCGACGAUUUGACUGUAUCCAUGAACUGGCGGGAAAGCCCAAGUCCAGUUAGUUCUGGCACUGGUCUAGACUAA